AUGUCCAAGGAAUACGAGAAAACACCCAUUCGGGAUAUAUUCCCAGUGCCGGAUUGCACACUUACACAAGUAGAAUACAGGACUUCAAUUCGAAACUACGCAAUUCCCCCAUGGUUUAAUCCCGAAUUUCAAGCACUGCGACAGGGGCCGGAGAUCCUUCGGGAGGCCAGCCUAUUCAUAUCGAAACUUUACAAUGAACACUCAACCGAAGGCUUUGAAAACGACUUGGCCGAAUUUAUAUAUUUUUCUAACGCCAUCGAAGACGCUGGCUUGAACAAACCCGAGACAUGGCGGAUUGUCAAACAAAUUUUGGCAGACGAAUUUGUUGAAGAUGAUGAAGAGUUUCUCUCACAACCCUCACGAUUCUCCAAAAUUCUACAUAGGAAAGAAGUUAUUCAGCAUGUCCAUGCCUAUCUAUACCUACAGAAAACUUUAUCAAAAAAUUUCUUGACUGAAGCAAUCCUACUCGAAGCGCAUAAGGUUCUCUUGCGAGGGAUCCCGGCGGCGAGAGGCGAACAAGGGUACCAAGGAAAGUACCGAGAGGUUGCGGUUCAGGUCGGUCGACCUACGAUAGAGGGAGGCGUCGAAAGCCCAGUAUCAUUAGAGAAGGUGUAA